AUGGCGUCAAUUGUGGCUGCUGUACUUGAAUGCGACCGAGAGGACGAACACAGCGAUCAGUGCAAGGAGAACAAGAACAGCAGGAACACUGAAUAUGAAUCGGGCAAGCAUUACUGUAAACUCCAGUUAGAUGGCGAAUGUCUCGGCAGAGAAUGCAGCACAUUCUACUACACCACCGGCAGAUGCCGUGCGAAGUGCCAGUACUGCGGCACAUUGUGCGGCCAACAUGUGUUUUUCCUACAGUGCACUAUAGGUGGCCCAUCAUUGGAAUCAUACUAG